UCCUGAAAAACAGAAAAGUGCACUGUGAAGCCCUUGUCUGCAGGCGCAGGGCUGCACUUCGAGUCCAGGAAGUGCACUAACCACAGCAUCUCUAUGCUGGCUGGCCGUGGUGGCACCCGCCCACCUUUCAGUUCACCUCAACCUCCACUGGCAACACCUGGUUUUUCCAGUUUGGAACUUGCUAAAGUUAUUAAAAGUGUCAACUAACCUGAAGUCUUAAUAGAAGCAGUUGAUGUGGGCGACCCCUACAGAAAACCUCAAGACUUUACUGAUGAGAACUCUGCAAAUUCUCUACCAUAAAGAGUUUUAACAACUAAGCUAAGAAAUUAAAAAGGAAAAUACCAGAUGCCAUCCUGCAGUUGAACUGACUACCACUUACUGGAUACAUUUAAAUCCUCCAAUCAACAGAGUAACCAGGUAUCAAAGAGGGAACACAGCCAUGGACAACUUCACCUCUCCCCCGGGGAAUGGCAGCCUGUGCACCAGGGACUACCACAUCACCCAGGUCCUCUUCCCGCUCCUCUACACUGUCCUGUUUUUCACUGGACUCAUCACAAAUAGCCUGGCAAUGAGGAUUUUCUUUCAAAUCCGCAGUAAAUCCAACUUUAUUAUUUUUCUUAAGAACACAGUCAUUUCCGAUCUUCUCAUGAUUCUGACUUUUCCAUUCAAAAUCCUCAGUGAUGCCAAACUGGGAACAGGACCACUGAGAGUGUUCGUGUGCCAAGUGACCUCUGUCAUAUUUUACUUCACAAUGUAUAUCAGUAUUUCAUUCCUAGGGCUGAUAACUAUCGAUCGCUACCAGAAGACCACCAAGCCAUUUAAAACAUCCAGCCCCAACAACCUCCUGGGGGCUAAGAUUCUCUCUGUUGUCAUCUGGGCAUUCAUGUUCUUACUCUCUUUGCCUAACAUGAUCCUAACCAACAGGAGGCCGAGAGACAAGAAUGUGAAGAAAUGCUCUUUCCUCAAAUCAGAGUUUGGUUUGGUCUGGCAUGAAAUAGUCAAUUAUAUCUGUCAAGUCAUUUUCUGGAUUAAUUUUUUAAUUGUCAUUGUAUGUUAUACACUCAUUACAAAAGAACUAUACAGGUCAUACGUAAGAACAAGGGGUACUGGCAAAGUUCACAAGAAAAAGGUGAACAUCAAAGUUUUCAUUAUCAUUGCUGUAUUUUUUAUUUGUUUUGUUCCCUUCCAUUUUGCCCGGAUUCCCUACACCCUGAGCCAGACCCGGGAUGUCUUUAACUGCUCUGCGGAGAAUACUCUGUUCUAUGUGAAGGAGAGCACGCUCUGGUUAACUUCCUUAAAUGCAUGCCUGGAUCCAUUCAUCUACUUUUUCCUUUGCAAGUCCUUCAAAAAUUCCUUGAUGAGUAUGCUGAAGUGCACCAAUUCUGCAACAUCUCCCCAUGAAAACAGGGGGAAAGGUCAGGAUGGUAGGGACCCAAGCGAAGAGACUCCAAUAUAAACACAUUGAGGUAAGAUUUCAGUCUGUUAACCAGAUUGAAAUAUUAGUGUUUGGAACUCCUAAAAGAAAACACUAUGUAAAAAUAUUAAUACUAAGAAGCAGCUGAGUAACAAUGAUGCUUGAAACAAUAGAAGACUACAAAAGUAAUUUUCAUUUACUUUUUCAGUAUUAAAAGCUAUUUUAAAAUGUAGAAAACUAAAUUAACAUAUAGCCGUGGAGCAAAACAAACUGUUAUCCAAUAACCAGGUGACAUGCAAAAACCAUACAGAAUUCAAGAAUUGAAGAGUUUUGGCAAAAUAGGUAACAAUAUAAUGAUACUUACUGUAAUUCUAUAAAUACAUUAUUGAUCACAAUAUUAGUAAACUUACUAUAUAAUCAACUGGAGAAUGAUAAAUCUGAUAAAAUCUUCUGACCAAAAAUUAUACUUAUCUAUAAUAAUAAAAAUGUAACAUGCUAAUUAGACCAGGCAGCCAAACGACCUUCUGGACAUUCUUCCGGACAUUCUUCCGGAUGACCUUCUGGACAAGCGGGGCUGCAAGGGCCGAGGCAAGCCACCGCGGCUGCAAGGGCCGAGCCCCUUGCACAAAUUUUGUGCAUCAUGCCUCUAGUUAGUUGUAUAUACAAUUCUAGUCCCCAAACCAAAUGCUGACCUAUUGUGAUAAUCAUUAUAAAAAUUUAAGUAAGUGGGGCACACAAAGAAUAGUAACUACUAACUUAUAAUUAUCAGCAAAGACCUAAGGGAUUUAUACUAAUUGAAAUGGUAAUAGAUUGGACUGAAUUUUUUUUAAUGUUCAUUAAGAUAGAAGAUUAAAAACUACUUUUCCAAUAAAAAGUGUAGAAAUAGCAAAUGAAGCCAUUAAAUAAAGAGGCUUUUUAUAAGAUAUUCUAAUACACACAUACAAAAACAAACAAACAUAAUACUCCCUUAACACUAAAGAAAUCAGUUUUACUAAUGUUUUCUACAACUUUAGUAAAUGCAAUAGCAUCAUUAACUUAUCUUUAUUAACUAGCUACUAGAGACUGCACACAAGUUAAUAAACAUUUCCCAUAGUGAGAAAAACAAAUGUAAUUAAGCAUUUGUACAGCAUAACUAUCAACAGGAAAGUGAUUAAAAUGGUUGGAUUUAUGCCCUUGCUGGUUUGGGUCAGUGGUUGGGGUGUCGGCCCUCAGACUGAAGAGUCCUGGGUUCAAUAUUUCUCUCUCUGCCUCUCCCCCUUCUUCCCACUCUGUCUAAAAAUCAAUGGAAAAAAAUAUCCUCGGGUGAGGAUUAACAACAACGACAAAAUGUUUGGAUUUACCUGUUUGUUAUUUGUGUGUAUAACAAAAAAUUUACAUUAAACUCUAAAUCACACUUUGUUAGAAAUUCUUUGUUCAAAGAUAUUAGAUACCAUGACUCACUUCCUAUCUUCCCCCUACCUCAAAUGUCAAACCCAUUUAAGAAAGAUCAGCUGCCAACACUUUUAAGACAGAACAUUGAGAAAAUCUUCUGAAGGUGACAUCUCACAUCAAUUAGUUCAUAUGUAAAUGAGAAACCAGGUCAGACUUCAAAUGUAGACUGAUUCCACAGAAGCCAUGUUCAUUAUUCUUAAUAUAAAUAAAAUAUACAACACACUGGGAAUUAAGACUUCAUUUAUCUUAAUUAUAUAUGAUCCUCAGAGGUGAUUUUCAAGCAGAAGGCAUAGAUUCCAAUAUCUAAAUAUCAUAUGAGAAGAAAUUAAAAGGCUGAAUCCUAUAUAAUAAAAGCCUAAUAUGCUAAGUAUCUGGUCGUCUGGUUGUCUGUUCAACCAAUCAAAGUGUAAUAUGCUAAGAAUGGAUUUUACAUUUCAAAUGUUUGUGGGGAUAAAAGUUAGAAGAAGGGUAAAAGCUCAUGCUGCAUUAAAGUUAUAUGAAAUUCAAGUUUCAGUGUCCAUAAGGUUUUAUUAGAACACAGCCACACCCACUGGGGUUUUACCUGCCGUUAACAACAGGGAUAAGUAGUUGUGUUGGAGACUGCAAAGCCACAAAAGUAUUUACUAGCUAGUUCUUUAAAAGACUGACAACCCCUGGACUAGAACUUUAAAAGCAGAAGAAAACCCCUACAUGGGAAACAAAACAAAACAAAAACAACCCUGUCUUCAAGCACCAAGGUACUUCAGUGGCUUUGCAUUGUAAACAACUGCAGUCCAGUCGCUGAUCUAGGUGACCUGCUAGCUGGGAAUGCCCAAAGCGGGACUACAAUGAUGCCAGUGGGAACUAAGCAUGUGGAAACACGCUUACAAGUCUCUAAGUAAAGAGACAGCCUGACUUUUUAAAAAAUGGGGAAAGGGCUUGAAAAAUCAAUUUCCAGGAGAAAUACAAAUGGGCAGUAUAAUAUAAACACAUAUAUAUCACUGAUAAUCAAAUAAGUAUACUAAAAUGACAUGGCUUUUUUGUACCAUGAGUUUUAGAAUUGAUUUAUAAGUUUUUAAGCAAGGUGUUGUAGAAUCCCACUCAGUGAAACUACAAAUCAGUACAAUCUUUCUGGAAAGCUUUUGGAAAAUACCAUUCUACAUAUUGAUGCACAGUGUUUGAUCCAGCAUUCCACUUUUAGGGAACUUCCUAUAAAUAUGUUGCAACAAAUGCACAAAAAUAUAUGGACAUGUAUAUGCUCUACAGUACUGUUUUUUAAUAUGAGAAAAAAAAUGGGAAAAUAAAUGGCCAACAACUUAACUAAACUAUGAUAACUUUAUAUUGUAUAACAUUUUUUUAAAAAUUAGGGAAGUCAUCAUGUACUGACAUAAAAUAAAACAAAGAUACAAUAUAUCAAUAAAUGUAAAUAUAUAUGUACAUGUACAUAUUUCCAAA